CCGGAGUGCGUUUGCUUCUUCUUCUUCUUCUUCUUCUUCUUCAGUUUAUUUUCCUCUUUUACAUCUGAUCGCGAUUUUUCUCCAAAGAGAGAUCUCUACGAACGAUGAUCAUCGAAAGAGCUCGAGUUCCGUUGAGGCUAUGGCAACAAGCUGCGGUGGCUAUGGGAUCUGCGAUCGGUGCGUUGGUAGAUCCUCGUAGAGCUGAUUUGAUCGCAGCUCUCGGUGAAACCACAGGGAAACCAGCUUUUGAAAUGGUUCUUGAGAGGAUGAAGAAGAGCGAAGAAGGAAGAGCUAUAUUAUUGGAGCGUCCUCGUGUAGUGUCAGAGCAAGUAGGUCAUGCUUGGGAUCUACCAGACAACACAUUUGGAGCUGCAUAUGCUAAAUUCAUGGGAUCUAGAAACUUCUCUCCAGAUGAUCGUCCUCCCGUAAGAUUCAUGGAGACGGAUGAAUUGGCUUACGUAGCGACACGGGCGCGAGAAGUUCAUGACUUAUGGCACACUCUGUUUGGCCUUCCUACGAAUCUUAUCGGAGAGUCUGCUUUGAAAGUUAUAGAGUUUGAGCAGAUUUAUCUACCGAUGUGUAUGCUUUCUGUGAUUGGAGGCACUGUGAGGUUUAACGAGAAGCAGAGAUCAAUGUUCUUGAAACAUUACUUUCCUUGGGCUGUUCGAGCUGGAAGACAAUGCACUGACCUCAUGUCUGUGUACUAUGAGCGUCACUUUAGUGAAGACUUGGAACAAGUUCGAAGAAAAUGGGGAAUCAUCCCAGCUCCUCAACAUCCUAAAUGAUAAAAAUCCUGUUCCAUUUAGUUGAGCUCAAUUCUCCUUAGACUAGGAAUUGAUUGCUCUUUGGGCGGGGUUCAUACUAUCUCUCAUGUUCUCAAAUUACUAUGUUGAAUACAAUCAAAAUUCAACAUUAAUACAUUUGAACUUUAUUAGAUUUUUAAAAAUGUUUGUCUAAAUCACAAUUUGAUUAGUAAAAUAUAGUGGUAAAAAGUUUUAUAA